CCCCCAUCACAGAGAUCGUCAGGGGCUCUGGCCCCCAUCACAGAUAUCGUCCGGGCUUCGGCUCCAACACACAUAUCAUCCGGGCUACGAGCCCAUCUUCGGCUCCACCACAGAUCUUCACGAGCUCCGGCCUACAUCUCAUCUCGUCUCCGGGCUAAGGCCCCACCAGAGUUCUCCAGGGCGACAACCAUCUCUCCUCGUCGCCGCCAACGAAGAAGCUCCUGUCAUUCAGAAUGACGAGGGUCGCGGAGUAGCGACGCGUAGCUACAAGCCGAGGUCUGCACCACCUGAGAAGAAUCGCUACCCUGAGUCGCAGAGCUGCGAGUGAAGCCAACAAAGACGCCAACGUCCACCCUGCCACGAACGAAGCAUCGCUCCUCGUCAGAGUGACGACCAGCGAACAACCCGCAGGAAAGGCGGAGAUCGCUGAACGAGCGCCAACUUGCGCCACCUUGCGCCACCGUGCGCCACCGUGCACCACUUUGCGCUGAACGUGCGCCACCGUGCGCCACCGUGCGACACCGAGCGACAACGAGCGACACCCAGAUCGACCAGCAUCAACCCAAACCGACUCGUCAUCCCGCCGUGGAGAAAAAGAGUCAAAGUCUUCUGAACGAGCGCCGCCGCUCACCUCACAGCGGAGAAAGUCUCAGCUGCCGCUCGCACAAACAACAGAGGUCGUAUCGCUCCCCACAUACAGACUCAAGAAAACACAGAGAAAAUCUUGUCAAACCAGUUUCCUUUGUCCCAGAAUCUCGCCGAAGAGUUAAUUAAAACAGAGCCAGAUUCGCUCUCGCGCCCACACGCCCUCACCCACCAUUGUAUCAAACAUUCCGUUAAAAAGGAUUUUAGACUUGCCGAUGAAUCUAUUGACAUAUACUUUCGCCUCUGGGAUACAAUAAGUGCUUUUUAUUACCGCCAUAUGAAGUGUGUCAUGCUUGUUUUCAAACUCGACCAGUCGCCGAUUGUGAUCGAUACAGGGGCGAACUAAUGAGAUGCCGGGUAGGAAAAGUAGAGGUUACAAUUGAUAGAAGUGUUUUUAGUCAUUCAGUUCGUUAAAUGCAUAAGUGUUUAUUCAUUCAUUUUAGUCAAAUGCAUAAGAUUUCGUUAUUCAUAUUGCAUAAUUGCAUAAUUUCACAAAUGCAUAAGUGUUUAUUCAUUCAUUUUAGUCAAAUGCAUAAGAGUUUCGUUAUUCAUAUUGCAUAAUUGCAUAAUUUCACAACUGCAUAAGUUUUUGUCGUUCAUAUUAGUUAAUUGCAUAAUCUUGCCCAUGAAUUAUUGACGCAUGUUUGACCUGCAUGAUAGAAUGUCGCGUGCUUGUUAGAAUAAAAUUGUUAUCACAGAAGCAUAUUGAGUGUUCUUUCCAAGUCCAUGCAAAACCAUCUUAUUCAUAAGAGCUGUAUCCUGCGAUGAGAUAUGAAAAUGGAGACCUAAAAUAUUAUAACACACACUAGGAUAAUCGGUAAAUGAAUCUAUGAUAAUCGUGUUAUCCUGAUUGAUAACUCUGGAUAAACGAAACUAAGCAAAUUAUCAUAACUGCACACAUUAACAUAAUCGCAAGCCUCCGCAUAAAUUACUACGAUUAUCUCCGUGAUUAUCAUAAUUUAUGCAUAUAAUCACACGCAUUAUCAUAAUUUAUGCGUAUUAAUACACACACUAUCAUAAUUAAUGCGAAUUGCGCAUUUUUCGGAAAAUUAUUAAUUUUUAUUAUUUUCAUCAAAAUUUCAUAAUACCAACACAUACAACAUAAUGGGUGGCCCGUCCGGGAUCUCUCGCAGACAGUGUUUUGCAUGGAUGAUGGAAUGAAUCACUUCGUGUUAACCAGAAUAUCAGGAUCGAACAUUGCAUGGUGAUUGUGAACGGGCGGAAAACAAAAAAACGCCCUCUAAGGUUAAAACCCAGAAUAGCAGGUUAAAACAGAGACAGUGGAAUUAAGAUAAUAUCGUAUCAAACCAAUUGCAUCCUCUGAUAAAUGGUGUUAGAGGUACGCACUCUGAAUCGGAAAAUAACAGAUAGCUCGAGUCAAAUUGACUACACUCUGUGAGAUAAUUGUUUUAUAUGCACUCUGAAAAGAAAUGUCAAAGUAACUUCCGCCAUACCUAAGAUGCUAGGAUUGAGAAUAAUUUUUGAAUGGGUUACGGGAUACGGGGAGCUCGUAUUUAAACGUACCGACCAAUCUGUUACAAAGCAGUACAGUCAGAGAGACAUAUGGGAAGGGAGCUGUAUCGAUAACACGAACACACCUCGGGGGAAACUAAUUGACUGGAUAAAAUGUAACGAAGGCGAACACGAUGCAAAAACUGCAGAGAAGGCAGGACAGGACUCAUGCCUUCUCACACAGGCAUACAGACAGGGAUUGUGGAAUGAGGGAAAAUUUGGAAAGGAAACGGGAGAGAAAUCAGUGCUCGCGACACCAGCGAAACUCACAGACGUUGAUCCCCAGAAUAAAUAUGGAAGUAACAUUAAAUCACACUCUUGGGUACGUGGACAGAGUCCAGGGACCAAUCGCACAAAAAUUAUGGAUAUCGAACAAAAAAUCCUUGAUAAAGGGAAACCCUCACAAUUCGAGAGAAGGGAUGGAGAGAUACAUAUGCAAACAAAAACAUGUGAGACUGACAACUUCACAGAUAGAGGGAGGAAAAAUGUUAAAGUAAAGUCGACAGGACAUGCUCCACUAAGGGCAGAGGCAAAAACUGAAGGGAAAUGGCAACACGAGCGACACGGCACUGGGCGCGCACACAGAAAAUGCACACCACUUAAACACAAGCGACACAGCACAGACCAAAGUGACAGAUUGCCUGAUGAUAACUUGUUUGAUGAUGACGCUGUCGGCAAUCAACUUUCGGAAUACCUAUUCAACAGUAAAACCCUUAAAUUGAUGGACAAGGCUCUAGUCAGAAUUCCCGAUUUUGACCCCCACAAUAAGACUAUGGAUAUCCACACACAUAUCGCAACCGUAGAAGAGGAGGCAAUGAUUAGAGGGCUGAGGAGACGGGAUGAAAAAGCGAGUUUGUUGAAACGGACCUUACAUAAAGAAUCUAUUCCAUGGGUAAAGUCACUACCACACAAGGUUAGAAAUGAUUUUAAACAACUGAGCCUGGCAGUGAUUCGGAAGUUUGGAGAAUAUUCGACACUCACGGAGGGGUUUUAUGCUGUAAAAUCGAUGACCCAGGGCAUGGACCAAGAUCCACGUGACUACCUCGUCCAAUUUAAAAGAGCGUAUUACGCAGGCGAUGUGAAUCAAUACCACGAAGGAGAUAAAAUGUUCAAAAUUAUGUUUUUUGAAUCCUUGAGCCCAGAGAUUACAGAAAGGGUGAGAAUGGUUUUGAAUCCAGAAACCGCAUCCUUACGCCGCAUAGAGAGCAAGGCGUACAUGGCAUGGUUAUACAGAGCUAAGAAUCAUAAUUCGGAUCCAGAACACAGGGAGAGGGAUGAGGAACCCAGCCUCUCAGAGAGGAAUAAAAAUCACCGAGCAGUCCCACCAUGCAGGACGGAGCAGAAACGCACGCACACAUGGCAAAAUAACCCAGAGAGAGGUUGGCACGAGAAUGAGAGCGGCACAAAGCCGAACAUUCAGGAGAAUCGCAGGAGGGGGAGGUUCAGAAUAGAACCAUACCAACACCCCAUGCCACGACACACACAAGAUCAAAAUUACCCACAAAGAUGGCGAGGUAACAAUCCAGGAAAAAUUUGGCACCCAAAUGGGAGAAAUACUGGGCUAAAAAUGUACGAGAAUCGCAGGAGGGAGAGGUUCAGAGCAGAACCAUAUCAACACCCCAUCCCACGACACACGCAAGGUUCAAAUUACGCACAGAGAUGGCAAGAUAACCACCUAGCGGGAAGGUGUUACACAGACCGCGGAGGUAUGGAUGCGAACAUUCAGGAGAAUCGCAGGAUGGGAGGUCAAACACAAUCGAUCCAAUUCCGACCAAUUCCUCCACCGGCUAUACCAAGAGGGAAUAGAGGAAUAACACAGAAUGCGGUCCAAAUACGUGAUGAACCAUCCACAGUGAGUGCGAGCGAGCGGCCAACACGCGCCCCACCCGCCGAGGUGUUAAACCCUGAGCAGGCUGCAAGUGACAGGGCUGAAUUGAAGUGUGAUCGGACGGUGGAUAGCAGACAGCAGAGACAAAGAGAGAACACAGAGACACGCCCUGAGGAGCGCAGGCGUGAGCCUUUGAAUGGAAAAUAUCCAAGGGAAACCAAAAUGUAUGUGGAUCGGAGUGCUAAAAUGGAGACGAAUGUUCAUGACAUAUCAGGAAUGGUGUUGGAAUCUAACACACUCGUAAAAACAAAGAGGGCAACAUUACGAGGCACAGAAUUAAGUCGACACACUGACUCGGCAAAUGUGCAUGUAAUCGCAGAGAGAGCGAAUGCCACGAACCAAGUGUCAAAAUGGGUCGUGUGCGCGAAUUCUGGUUACGUGCAGCACAAUUUUUCACCACACACUCCCACGACGCGAGAGAGUGAGAGAGGAAACUACAAAAACGAACCCGAAAACCGUGAUCAAAUUAUCAAAGUGAUAAGUGGUAAACCAGGCAACAUGAGGAAGGUAACGCAUAAAUGCGUUCGAAACCGCUACCUAGCGUUUCCCAGGAUUUAACAAAACAAAAAUGAAUGUUCGUCAGAGUUAUGAUGUAUGAGAACCGAUGUAACGCAAUAUCGAUGUUAACGGGUUGUUAUUUUCUUUGCUUAAUUCAAAUGUAACCAGGAUUUAACAAAAACAAAAAUUAAUAUUCGCCGGAGUUAUGAUGUAUGAGAACCGAUGUAACGCAAUAUCGAUGUUAACGUGUUGUUUAUUUUCUUUGCUUAUUUCAGAUGUAACCAGGUUAAGAUGGUAAUACGUGCACGCGCGUCGUAAGAAAUAACCGCCGAGAGUAAGGGCGGCUGAUGGGAUUCAUGACAUAAAAAGGGGGCAUUACUUUGUUUGAAAAUUCGCCAGUGGCCAAAUCGACCCCUGAUAAUUUUCAAACGGGCGGACUGUUGUGUAUGUACCCCCUUUUUAUUUUUUUUUUAAUAUUAUUUUUUUUAAGGCUUAUUCUGCCAUCAUAUAUAAUAUUGUUUUUUUAAUAGACACGGGGCCACGUGGGAACGAACACGCCCCCACACUUCCACAGAGGCCCCCACACUUCCACAGAUGCGCGCAUACCUCAUUUCAAAGGAAAGAGGACAUGACAGGGGGGGCAAUAAGGUAAUAAAAAAAAAAACUCCCCUAAAUUCACACAAGAGGAACAAGGGAGGGGGGGAAUUGCAGGCGGGGGGUUGCAGAACCAGGAGACACGGAGGAAGAGAUAAUUAUAUUCUGAACAAAGAUAAGCCGGGAUAUCAGAUUAAAUAAUCACAAGAAGUCAAAUAAUAAGUACGGAAUUAAAGUAGAAGAGGAAUCAAGGGCGGAGAAGGCUCUCAAAAUUAACCAAACACAACACCCAUGGGAAGCGAGCAACACGGCCGCCUUUGUCUUUCCGAGAGGAUCUCCACACACAGGCACCAAGCUAGGAAAUGACACCCAUAAAAGGGGCAAUGGCUCAAAGGAAAUAAACACGUCUUCGAAUAAAUAAGCGCAUGCGCCGGGUGCUCCCACCGUGGAAACAACCGCCUUUGUCUCCCCACAACACGGACAAACACGCACGCGAAACACACGGACGGACACACACACGGACGCAGAUGGUUCAGCCCACAGGAAGGUUUUAUGACACAGCCUUUGAACAACUCGGGAAGCCGAGUGGAAGUUUCCGAUAUAAACCGAAGGAAAAUCCAUACAAAGCAUAUCAUCCGGGCUUUGGCUCCAACGCAGAUCGACAGGGGCUCUGGCCCCCAUCACAUAUCGUCCGGGCUUCGGCUCCAACACAAGAUAUCAUCCGGGCUACGAGCCCAUCUUCGGCUCCACCACAGAUCUUCACGAGCUCCGGCCUACAUCUCAUCUCGUCUCCGGGCUAAGGCCCCACCAGAGUUCUCCAGGGCGACAACCAUCUCUCCUCGUCGCCGCCAACGAAGAAGCUCCUGUCAUUCAGAAUGACGAGGGUCGCGGAGUAGCGACGCGUAGCUACAAGCCGAGGUCUGCACCACCUGAGAAGAAUCGCUACCCUGAGUCGCAGAGCUGCGAGUGAAGCCAACAAAGACGCCAACGUCCACCCUGCCACGAACGAAGCAUCGCUCCUCGUCAGAGUGACGACCAGCGAACAACCCGCAGGAAAGGCGGAGAUCGCUGAACGAGCGCCAACUUGCGCCACCUUGCGCCACCGUGCGCCACCGUGCACCACUUUGCGCUGAACGUGCGCCACCGUGCGCCACCGUGCGACACCGAGCGACAACGAGCGACACCCAGAUCGACCAGCAUCAACCCAAACCGACUCGUCAUCCCGCCGUGGAGAAAAAGAGUCAAAGUCUUCUGAACGAGCGCCGCCGCUCACCUCACAGCGGAGAAAGUCUCAGCUGCCGCUCGCACAAACAACAGAGGUCGUAUCGCUCCCCACAUACAGACUCAAGAAAACACAGAGAAAAUCUUGUCAAACCAGUUUCCUUUGUCCCAGAAUCUCGCCGAAGAGUUAAUUAAAACAGAGCCAGAUUCGCUCUCGCGCCCACACGCCCUCACCCACCAUUGUAUCAAACAUUCCGUUAAAAAGGAUUUUAGACUUGCCGAUGAAUCUAUUGACAUAUACUUUCGCCUCUGGGAUACAAUAAGUGCUUUUUAUUACCGCCAUAUGAAGUGUGUCAUGCUUGUUUUCAAACUCGACCAGUCGCCGAUUGUGAUCGAUACAGGGGCGAACUAAUGAGAUGCCGGGUAGGAAAAGUAGAGGUUACAAUUGAUAGAAGUGUUUUUAGUCAUUCAGUUCGUUAAAUGCAUAAGUGUUUAUUCAUUCAUUUUAGUCAAAUGCAUAAGAGUUUGGUUAUUCAUAUUAGUUAGUGCAUAAUAUCGCAAAUGCAUAAGAAUUUUAGUUAUUCAAUUUAGCUAAAUACAUAGUCUCGCAAAUGCAUAAGUGUUUAUUCAUUCAUUUUAGUCAAAUGCAUAAGAGUUUCGUUAUUCAUAUUGCAUAAUUGCAUAAUUUCACAAAUGCAUAAGUGUUUAUUCAUUCAUUUUAGUCAAAUGCAUAAGAGUUUCGUUAUUCAUAUUGCAUAAUUGCAUAAUUUCACAACUGCAUAAGUUUUUGUCGUUCAUAUUAGUUAAUUGCAUAAUCUUGCCCAUGAAUUAUUGACGCAUGUUUGACCUGCAUGAUAGAAUGUCGCGUGCUUGUUAGAAUAAAAUUGUUAUCACAGAAGCAUAUUGAGUGUUCUUUCCAAGUCCAUGCAAAACCAUCUUAUUCAUAAGAGCUGUAUCCUGCGAUGAGAUAUGAAAAUGGAGACCUAAAAUAUUAUAACACACACUAGGAUAAUCGGUAAAUGAAUCUAUGAUAAUCGUGUUAUCCUGAUUGAUAACUCUGGAUAAACGAAACUAAGCAAAUUAUCAUAACUGCACACAUUAACAUAAUCGCAAGCCUCCGCAUAAAUUACUACGAUUAUCUCCGUGAUUAUCAUAAUUUAUGCAUAUAAUCACACGCAUUAUCAUAAUUUAUGCGUAUUAAUACAC